CCAAGAUAGAUCUAUCAAAAGCAUUCCAUACGAUACCACUGCCGACCGACCAGAUAGGCACGUACGCCUUCCAGCACCGCGACAAGUUCUACGCAUAUAAGUGUAUGCCCAUGGGAGCUACUAAUGCGCCUAAGCACUUUCAUCUAACCAUGGGUACGAUACUGAAGAAGUUACGCUACGCAGAACACGUGAGGUUCUACCAAGAUGACAUCUUUAUUGCGGCUGACGACGAGAGAGACUUGAAGCGACGCUUCGAAACGACGAAGAAGUACCUGACUAAGCACG